AUGGACAUCAAUGAAGGUACAACUACGGAAGACUUAUGGACACCAUAUAAGGAGUUAGCAGCUGUUGUGGAGAGUUAUCUCACUAACGAAAGUAGCGGCGUGCCUUAUUCUGUACAUACAUUCGAAUCUGUUCUACGAAGACACAAACAAACAUUUUUGUCACUCUUAAAGAAUCCUGCUAAAAAUGCAGCCAGCAGAGAAGAAAUCAAGCGAGGCAUCACAGAGGGAGUUAACUUGCCCAGCAUCGGUAGGACUUUACUGUCAAAGGAGUUGGUUGAUGAAGCUAUAAUUAUCUCUGAUAUGUACAAUGCAAAUGAAUAUGCUUGUUUGGAGUUACUUCACACGGCGCAGUGUCAGAGUUCACGGCGGCCCGGGCUGGCGCGUGGUCUACUUGCUGUGUUGUUAUAUUACGAUGGCAGACGAGCACUUGUACAGGCACUCAAGGAGUUAGUCAUGGCUAAGGAUGGUGUGUCAUGGUCAAUAAAUGCUCGUGAGGAGGUGGUGAGCUAUGUUUCCCGGUAUGUGGGUCAGUUGGUGGCUGAUGGUCUGCUGAGUGGUGUAUUAGACGCCCUACAGCGGUGUGACCUUGACGCUGAGCUGGACUUGCUACGACGGAACAGAGCACUUCCUCCUCCUACAUACCAUGUACGACUUGUGGCCAGCAUACAGAAUACUAGGAAAUUACUGGCUGGAGUUAUAUUCGCGGCGUCCGCUCAGGGUGGGUUGGAAAGAGAUAUAUUGCUGAGACUAUUAUCAGAGCAAAUGACGUCACCAACUAAGGGACCAACAGGAGCGUUGGAUGAGAUAUCUCUAGCUCUUCAAAUGGCGCUGCUGUAUGCAUUGGAUUUGUCAGUCCUGCACAGGCGGGAAGAUGGCGAGGAAUUGGCUAAGAAAUUACCGUUGAUACAAGACGCGGAUCUGAUAUCAGUAUUACUAGACCAGCUGUCACCGCCGGUCAACCAGAGCCACGCUGAUGAUGAGAAGCCCAACGGAUUGAAGGCUCUGUGUCAGCUGUCGCUAGGGUUGGCACUAGCCGCUCUCAAGAGGGCGCCCGUGUCGCUACUGAGACGUGCCGACCCUAAGACCGAGCUGUUGGACCAGGAUGAGAUGCUGGUGGACGCGGCCAUAGAUGGGGGGGUGUUUGAGUACCUAGACGAGGCCAUCUUGUCGAGCGAGCUGGUAUCGUCUGAGGAAUACUACCAGCGGCGGGUCCACUCACUCAUCACAGACUUCAUAGUCCUCAUGCACUCCAAGCUCAUGGAGAUGAGGGUCAAAGCGGAGGAAUCAGCCCGCGCGGCCCAGAUGUACCAGGCGGAGGGUUUGUCAGCCCCGGCUGGUCGGUCCCGCCUCCAGGCGUUACUUCGCUGUGUGGAACGAGCCUACCAACACGAUCCACUGGGACUGCGCAAGGACUACUGGCUGGCUUGUGACGCCUCCGCACACUCAUAUAGGGCGGGUGGACGCGCGGCUACCUUGUACAAGUUCGUCCGUCUGUCGGGCGAGGUGGUGGUGGCUGCGCUCCUGCCAGCCUACCUCCGCGCCCUGGCUGCGCUCGCGGUGCCAAAACACACGUGGGCUCUACUAGCCAGGCGGGACGCGCUCUCCGCACAUCAUUUACUCACAGCGCUGUCGCUGUACCAUCGUAACCUGCGCGCGGACCCGUCCCCGUUCUCCGAGCUGUCUCACUCGUCGUCGCUGGGAGCGUCCGCCGUGGUGGGGUCGCUGCAGCCCCCGCAUGCCGCCCCUCUCAGACCCGGGAGACUGCUGGUGCGACAGGAAGAGGUGGAGGCGAUGAUAGCUGCCUUGAAGCUGAUAGCGGCCGUGGCGCGCGAGGACGAGGCCGCCUGCACCAGCAUCUGUGAGAACCUACAGUGGGACGCUGUCAACUGCAUGUUCGGUCUGAUCUGCUGCCACGUGCCUCUCCAGUUGAAGGCGGAGCUGUGUGUGUGUGUGGGCGCGCUGGGAGGCCGGGCCUCCACCGCCGGCCGAGUGUGGGCCGCGCUUGAAGCCGCGCAUCUAGUUACCACCGCCAAGGACAAGAGGGCGCUGAAUGCAGAACUUCUCGAGGUCGAGUGUCGCAUGGAGGAGUAUCCUCUAUCCCGCGCGUUCCUCAUCCUGUUGGACUCGCUGUGUUCCGCGGGCCCCCUGCCGCGGACCCUAGGGGCGGGGGCCCGUCCGCCGGGCCUGGACCCGUACGUGGACCAUGUGCUCAACAGACUCGCACUGCCCGCGCCGCACAGACCCUACACGCGGCCCGGGGAGAAGUGGGAGAUCCUGUCGCUGUGUUUCCGUCUGUUCACGUGUUGGCUGGAGCAGUACGAGCCGUCAGCGGGUGACUUCCCCCCUCCCAACAGAGAGCCGGACGCCAACCCCCCGCCCGGGUUCCGACUGCUGUUACAGCUACACACCAAGUCUGACAUGCUGCGGCUCGUGCUGACCACGCUGGAUGAAGCUCACGAGCUGAUGGACCGACAGCCGUCACCGGAACAGGUGUUCGUGCAGCGCACGUUAGUAAGUUGUCUCCAGUUGUUGGAGCGCGCCUUGUGUCUGGAGCGAGCGCUGAACGCGGCCGCGGCGGAGGCCGGCCGGGCUGUGUUGGUUGUCGGCUUGUCCAAGCUUAUACUGGCGCCCGAGGGUCCACGUAACACUGAUCGCCUGAUCACGUGCUGCCGAGUGUUGCAGCAUGUGUCGGUGUUACCGGAGGCUGCGUCCCGCGCGGUGUGUGUGUUGGUGCGCGCCCUAGCCACGCCUUCCACCGCGCGACAUCUGCUGGCGGCCGUGUUGCAGAGACACGAACUAGCUUUGGAGAUAAGGCAGGGUUUCGUGGAGUGUCUGGAGGCGGAGGAGUGGGGCGGGGAGGGUGAGCACGUGCGGGCCGCCAAGGAGGGGGUGCUGGUGCUGCUGCUGCAGCUGCUGCCCGCCGCGCCGCCCUCGCUGGCGCACUACCUGCUGGGGUACAACGUUAACGACGAUAUCUCCCGCAGCGUCCUACAGGAGGCGGGUGCGGGCGGCGCGCCGCGGACCUGCUUCCACUCUAUACUCGACAUACUGGAGGCGUACAUCGCGCCCGCGGGAAAUACACACAAGGAAGCGACGACCCUCGUUGAAAGUUGCUACAGACUGCUGUACUGGAUCUGCGCCCGCCCAGCCACCUCCGGGCCCGCCCUGCGCCUGCUGAGGGCGAGGGACUACUUCUUGGCCAGGCACGUCAAGGCCACGGUUAAUUUGGAGAACGCGUCAGUGUCGACCAUAUCCGCUCGUUCGUGGGUGCUCCGCGCGUGUGCGUGUGCGGCGGGGGCGGCGGGCGCGGGCCGGCACCGCGCGGCGCUACAAGCGUUAUUAUCAGCGCUAGCAGCGACGCCGAGUCAUCAUACUCAGGAGUGGGAGUGGUGUGUGAUCCGUCGUUCGCUGGAGUCCCUGCCCGUGUGCGUGUCGUCCGUGUGUGAGCCUCGCUGGGAGCUGUUCCACGCGCACCAUCUGCGGCAGGCCAUCGACGAGUGUGACCUACCCACGGGAUUGGGCGGCAAGCGUAUCAGUGUGUCUCGUGUGCACGCUCUUUUAUCGCGGGAGUUGGCUACGCUGAGAGCCUCCGCGCCGCAGAGAGGACUGGUUGCGGUAGAGAUACAGAAGGUGCUGGACUACGUGACGGAGGUGAAUAAGCAGCGCAACCUGGCGGCGACCCUCACACACUACUAUGACUCCUGGAGACAACUCACGGAGAUAUUAUUCUGUGUGGCGCCCAACGACCUCCUCAACCUGGAGUCCAAGAAGAACCUCCUCUUGAACAUCCUUCAGGAUCUGCUCAACAAGAUACCUCCAGCGGAAGUGUUGCCUCAGAUCGGGAACCUCGCGUCCGGGACCGUCCUAUUGCUCCUGGUGUAUCUCCGUCACUGCUACAUCCUCCAGAAGAGAGAGUCGUCGUUGAAGUCCGCGGAGUUCGAGGCCAGUUUCUUCGGACCCUCCAACCAGAUCAUGCAGACGAAAUCACUCACGCUCAAGUUCAUUCUGCACAAGAUUUUAAAUUGGAUCCUAGUAGCCGGAGUGUCCACACAGAAGAUUAGAGUGAAUCUAUACGGAGCGCUGUUAAACUUCUUGAACAUCGUCAAUAUAAAACCCAGCCCGGCGGACCCGGAGGAGGAGGUGAACGCGACGUACGUCAGUCGCCUGGACAGCUCCAAAGUCAGACCCGGCAGGGAAGAAUCGACCUUAAAGUCCAUGGCUAUAGAGGUCAUCAACGGCUUCGGCGAGAACCUGUGCUCUAUCGUGUGCAGCGACUGUAUCGGCGGCGGACACGACGUGUGCAGGAUGGUGGCGCUCUCGUGCCUGGACAGUCUCAUAGAGAUCAACCCGGCCACGGACUGGAUGAACACACUCACCAAUCAGGGGUACCUGCGGAGCCUCAUAGACAGUCUGCUGCAGGACGACGAGGGACUCAAAGAAGCUCUAGAACCGAAUCCCAAAUCUCUGCGAGUGUUGUACGUGUAUGAGUCCAAAAUGGCGUUACUCAUUAAGAUAGCGGGGAGCCGCGUGGGGGCGGAGACCGUGUUGUCUCAGGGCGCGCUCUCCUGUCUGUCCAACAUGCGUGUACUAGAUUGUCACCCGGAUAUACACACUGGUUACGGAAAUCAUCAGGAUACUGAGUUCGUGCCUUCAGUAGCUAACAGGUUCCGUCAGAUUUUGGUUCCGGCGCUGUCUUUAUGCUCGGCGCUGCUGACUUCCCUGGGUCCCGACAACCACAGCUGUGUGCUGCACGUCACACACUUGCUGCUCACACACCUCGAGUGUGUGGACGUUGUGCUCAGAGCAGCGCAUCCGAAUUCUCCAGAAGGUCUCCUGGUUGAAUUGGAGGCGUUGUCGUCAGUGAUCGCUCGUACGGCGGGCCGGGAGGUGUUCAGUGAGGGCGCACUCCCGGGGACCUCGCUGGCGUCCGCGGCCGCGGGGGCGAGGAGGGUCGCCGGACUCGUUAGGGCUCUGCUGCCGCGGUUCACACACACGCCUGAUAGAACAGACACGCCUGAACAUCACGACGCCUUGUAUUAUAAGAUCGUGUUCAACCUGCUGCUGUUCGUACGUAACACACUAGAGGAGGCCUGUCCCGGCUGGGGCGAGGGGGCGGAGGGCGCGGGGUCGGAGGGCGCGGCCGCUCUGUGCCUGCUGCAGACUCUGCUCAAGAGGCAGCAUGUGCUGGCGAAGCUGCUGGCCACGCUGCGGCACCAGCUACAGAACGUGCCCGCUAUGACGCUGUCCGACAUGCAGAAGCUGUUGGAGUCGAGCAGCAGUCCCCAGUCGCCGGUGGAGGCUCGAGCGUGUGUGUUGAGUCGUCUCCGGGAGCGGUCGUGUUCAUGUAGCGCAGCGCUGCAGUGCUGCAGGCAAGCUGCACAGGCGGCUCUGCAUGUAGUGUGGGCGGACGCUAGGAGGCUGCUGCGCGGGCCGCCGGCGCUGGGCGGGCCGGCCGUCAGCGGGGCGGCGAGGGACGCGGCUGUGGCUCUACAGACGGAGCUCAGGGCCGUGUUCAACGAGAGGUUCAUCGAUGAACUGUUGGAGACCACGGAGCACCAGCCGGCCAUGGAGCGAGGGUUCCUGGAAGUGUUAGUGAAGGACAUCAAGACCAUGGUGCAGUUCGCGCCCGUCUAA